AUGGCCGAUCCGUUGUCAAUGGUUGCCAGCGUCAUAGGCGUCGCUGGGCUUGCUGUAUCUACAUCAAGGGCCCUUAUUUCGCUAAUCCAGGAGAUGACUGAUGCACCACAGGAGAUACUCCAUAUCCGCCGCGACGUGCAGAACCUUUCUGCGGUGCUUGGAUCUCUCCAAGACAUAUGCGCUAAAUAUGAUUUAAAAUCAGAGGAUCUUGCGUUAGAAAAUAGUUUAACAGAGUGUAUUAACCUAUGCCAAGACAGCAUGCAAUCGAUCCAUAUACUCAUAGCGCCUCUAAAAGGGUCUGGUAGAAGAAGUCCGAUAAGGAUGGUUGGUUGGGUGAUGCGAAAAGGUGAAAUCAAAGCAUUGAGGGAGAGACUUCAGGAAAGUAAAACAAGUUUGAACAUCACAAUAUCAGUAAUAAACGGAUUCCUCGAGGGAAAAGGCCAGGAUGAGAUUAAGAAUGAUGUCAACAAGGUCUACGAGAAGCUUUCUAUUGAACUUCGUAACCGAGAUAGCGGAAAGAGAGUUCGAAAGAGGAUGGAAGAUGAUGUCGCGAGCGUUUCGGCCUUUGGAGGACGGCGUCAAUCUAUAUCUCAAUCAACAGACGUCGCCUUUCCUUUGAACAGAUACUUCGAUCAAUUAACGGAACCCUCAAAACCUACGUCCCCAUUAGAUUAUCAAUCUAAUUCGCAGGAAUCUAGUGAAGUACUCCUCAGUCCGUUCUCAGCAGAGCCGACCACUUUGCUUGAAGCAGUUAGAGCCAGAAAUGGCGAUGGGGUUGUUCGUCUCAUUUCAAGCGGUUAUUCCACAGCUGAGAGGACGCAAGAUGGCCAAACAGUGCUUCAUUUCUGCGCCAUAUAUAAUGAUGCGGAGAUUGCCCAACUCCUGCUCGAUCACGGUGCUGAUAUUAACGCGCGUGACAACCAGUUACGUUCUCCUUUAAACGUUGCUCUCUCUUCCGAAGCAUUGACCGUCGCCAACGUCUUAGUGCAAAGGGGGUGCUCUCUUACGGGAUCCAUUGAAAUGAUUUUCCCCUUGACCCAAAGGGUUGAAGAGAUACCCGGCAUUAGGCCACUGCUUAAAACCAUGGCGCCAAAAUUCAACAAGUCGGCCUCUGGUCCAUGCCUUGUCCAUCAAGCUCUCGAAACCAACGACCUUCAGAGUCUAGAAAUCCUUCUUUCUGCGGGAUUCGACCCAAAUAUCAGAGACAUAUAUGGCCUCCCUUCAUUAUAUCAAGCGAUGAUGCAACAGCAAAGGGAAGCCGUUCGGUUAUUAUUAGCUCACGGUGCUAAUAAAGACGAUUAUCUACCGCCAGAGACAGAGGAUAAGCUUGAUAAAAAUAUUCGCUCCCACCAGAAAUUGGCGGCCUUUUUUAACACUGGAUACGUCCCGUUAGAAGUUGCUGCGAGAGUACUAAGAGACGUUGAGAUGACCCGCAUUCUGCUAGAAAGCGGAGCUAAUAUUGAUUAUGUCUACCCAGGCGACGGCGGUGUGGUGCUAAGCGGUUUGGGCGACGAGGAGUAUUUCGAAUGUGCUAAGGUUUUAAUAGACAGUGGCGCCGACAUGCAUAUCAAAGGUUACAACGGAAGAGACCCCUUCCUCUGGGCGAACGCGUGUUCAAAUACGAAACUGGCAGAUUAUAUGCUUUCACACGGAGCCGAUGUUAACCAUUUCUACUACGACGAUUACCCAACAGCUCUAUUUUUCUGCGCGGAUUGGGACUCUAGAGAAAAUGCCGAGGUCCUACUAAAGCAUGGUGCUGAUUUGACGAUAAAGAAUAAGUCAGGACAGACUGUAUUGGAUAUCGCUCGGUCUGCGCAACAUCAUGAAAUGGUAGCGAUACUGGAGCGUGCUGAUCAAUCGAGGCUUGAUAGCACAAGGUAA